CUAAAGAAAUAUUAGCUUAAUGCACAGAUUUUUCAAAACCACUCAUGUAUACGUCGAUCGGAUCUUUCCCCGGCGGCGGCUCUCAGCUGUCUCCCUCAUCCAUAGCCCUGCCGAAAUCACGAAUCGAGGCUUGCUUGAGCCAAUCUUGCAUCCAUGGCCUGAGUGGUCGGAGUUGAUGGAGCUGCUUCUGAAGAAAGGCUACUUUGGUGAAGCCGGAUCGGCUUCCAAAGGAUCGAAUCGUAUCCGUACGUCGUGCCUGAAUUUCGCCCGCCAUCAUUUUGAUCUUGUAAGGUACUUGUCAAGGGAAGACAUGAAGGUGAUAGCGAGAUGCGGAUGCCCGAGCGUUGACAGGAAGGUCGUGAACUCAGGAAAGCGUCUAAGGGCUCAUCUUGGCAUUGGGGAAGGAGAUGUGUGUGGCUCUUGCAACUUGAGAGGAGAAUGUGAAAGGGCAUAUGUGGAGGUACGGGAAGAAGGUGCUCGAACUGUUGACGUCAUGCGCAUUCUGCUAACUUAUGGGCUCGAUUACUUACCUUCUACUGUGGAGAACCGCAUCUGCCGAACCAAGUUUGUUGAAGAUUCUGUGAGGAAACUCCUGAGAGAAAUCGUUGAGUACAGCUCGAUGAACGUCAAGUCUGUUGAGGCCUCCCGAAAGGACAACGAUGAUGAGAAAGACGUGCUGAAGAGGCCCAAGGAUUGGCAAUGUCCCCAAUGCAAGUUCUUGAAUUUUGCGAGAAACCUCAAGUGCUUGGGCUGUAGUAUCUUUUCUGAGGAAAGGUUGCAACAAUUGAAGGAGGAACAAAAAGAUCAUCUUCCCCUGAAGAAAGGAGACUGGAUUUGCGAAACAUGCAACUUCCUGAACUUUGCAAAGAACACGAGGUGUCUGCGGUGCAGAGAGAAGCCUCCAAGACGGGAACUUAAUCCAGGCGAGUGGGAGUGCGAGUCGUGCAACUACAUCAAUUUCAGAAGGAACUCAGCCUGCUUGAAGUGUGAUCACAGGAGACCAAAGGCAUCAAAAGCCACAGACACUACCUGCAGUAAUCCCCAGAGGGGAUUUUCAAAAUUUUCGAGAUUCGUAAAGGAAGAGAUGGAAAAGAGAGAAGAGGAGGGUGGGUUCAUGGAGUUUCCAGUGGAAGGAGGGAGGGGAAUGGUUUCAAGGAGCAUAGAGAAGAGAGAGCAAUGGAAGAGGGAGAUGAUGAUGUCACAGUCACAGAGGAUGAGAGAAGACAAUGUAGAAACAGAGUAUGAUCUUGGACACUCGGGUGAUGAUGACGCUGAAAUGGAUGAUUGGUUUCUUCCCAAAGAAAAAGGUUGAUACCGGUCACCACUGAUUCUCCCUUUACUAUGUCUCCUUGUGGACGUUUACUUAACAUUUGAAGAAACUAUUCACCCGUAUGCUUAAUGUUGAUUGUGAGUUGAAAAAAAAGGCUUAACAAGCACCUCGGUGAUGAUGGGUAAGAAAAAGCACGACACUUUUUUC